CUCAUUAUGGCCGAAAUUGAUCAGCAUUGCCCUACUACUUCUACAUACCAUCGACCAACUAUGGAAGAAGCAGUGGUUAAGAUGAAGCGACUGCAACGAUUUACGAGACAAUUUUCAAUUUUUGUCCACUGUGAAGAAGACAAACUACUAUCAUCUUCUGAAAAUGCUAAACUCCGAUCAGAAAAACAAGACGAGAACAACGAAGAGCGCCUGUUCAAAUAUCCCGGAAACCUGCGGGCAAUAAAACGAAAAAGAAAUAUUUCAAAUGAAUCUAUCAAGAAUGUCGGAGUCGAGAGUGGAGCAACGGCUAAGCGAAGGAUGAUGGAGCACCAGAAAUCAAUUCGUGAUGGUGACCCGGAGGACAUUCCAAUUGAGAAAGAUGAUGAUGAUAAAAUAGUAGCUCAAGAGAAAAAACAAACGGAAAUUUGAUAAAUGAAAUAUGCAGAUUUAUUUGUACAUGUACUUGCCUUGCCAACCCGAUGAUUUGUAAAUAUGAAAAAUACGUCUUCCUUUUAUGGAAAAUAUUGCCUGAAAAUGAAUAUUGCUUUUUUUU